CAACACAAAAUCUUUUAAAAUCAACAAGCUUUCAUCAAAUCAUCAAAACAAGCUCCAUCUCGAUUCUCGAAAACCUUCAACAAAUCACGUCAAUGGCUGAGAUAAUCGAUUCUCGGCAACCGCAUCUCGCCGCGCUCGACGCCCGCUCCCUGCUCCUCUCUCAAUUCUCCGAUUCCGGAAGCCCUCAGCUUCUGCAACUCACAACCGAGAGCUUCGUCAUGGAGCGAGGCCCCAGGUUCAAAGAGUACUCCGAUCUCAGAGAGAGGAAGCUGAGGAUGAAAAACUCCAUCAAUCGGCCAGAGGAAAAUGUUCAAAGCCAACCGGUUCUCACCCCGCCCAAAAAGCAGGUGAAAUUCAGUUCGAAUUUCUCCACCCCGCCGAGGAGGCCGAAGCCGCCGUCUGCUCUGGCACAAUCCGUCCCUGAUUUCUCGGCGACGCUUCGGAAGGAGAACAGGAAGCCGGCUGCUCCGCUGCCGCCUGUGGCGGAGCGGUCUCUGACGCCGCCGGCUGGAUUUAUGAAGAGCGGGAGCGUUUAUGGGAAGUUGGGGGGAGGGAGCAAGUCGGCGAAUUCCGCCGAGAAGAGGAGCGGCGGAUUGAUGGCUAGAAAGAGCUAUGCGAGCAUGGCCGAAUUGAAGGAGGGGAGAAGCAAUAGAGGCGUUGCUAGAUCUGUUUUAGGGCAUAGGCAGUUUUGAUUUGGGGGAAAUUUGCAUUCACCAUAUUAUUCGAAUUCGGUAUUUUUACAUCUUCAUUUUUUAUUCUUUAGUUUUGGAUUCCCAUUGAUUGAGAGUGUGAUAAUGUCUCUGUAAUUUCAAUUUUGUAUAGAAACCAAGCUUUUGUUGAA